CUUGAGUCAAGCUAAUGCACAUAUACUGUGAUCGUAAUGUAUCAUUCAAAGGGAUCCCGAAGAUCACGGAUUAGAACCAUCUCCUAUAGCGGUUGCUGGACAUGUCGAAAACGACGCAUCAAAUGUGACGAAAGACCCCAUUCGUGCAGAAGAUGCGAGGAAGAUAGUCUAUCUUGCGCUGGGUAUGGCAUUCGUCUGCAAUGGGGCAUGGAUUCGAACAAGACAGUCCCUGAGCGUGGCGGGAGUCGGAUGAGGAUUAACCCAGAGGUAUGUAUCAAUUGGCAUAUGGCGGACGAGGAGCUUGCCAGCGCUCUCUCUAUGCUCGAUAGAGAGCCGGAAGCCGAAGCCAUAGCUGGCCCAUUCUCAGUCUUUCGCCUGCAGCCUCUUGAUCACAACGGCCAUAUGGAGUCAGUUUCGCUGGUGGAAAGUGCUGUGUGUGGAUAUAGUUGGCCCGAACUCAAGGAUGACAUCGUGUCAAGCCUACAGGAAGACCCAGAACAUCCGGCAGCAAUAACACCUGAUACGCCUGGCUCCAAUGGCCUUUCUUUCCCUAUGAAGGAAUCGGACCUUCUAUUUCAAGAUGAAAGCACAAUAUAUCUGCCUACACUCGAUGGCUCUGCCGGAGAGGAGCCCUGUUUCAAUGAUAGUCUAGAGCUACCUUCGGACGAUCUUAACUAUCCUCAUGAUAUCAAUAUUGGCCAAGAUGAGAUGGAUGAAAAUUCAGAUAUAAUCCAUCCAUGCGAUCAGGAUAUUACUUUUACAGUGUCCCCCCAUGAUCCAGUCAAUGAGCGACGCGACAACCAUCCAAAUAGACUUCAGCGUGUAUCAGGCUUACAAGGAAUUCACGACGCGCAACUUGCGCUUCUAAACACAGCGCUUUCGGUACCACGUCACAAUAUUUCCAGUUCUGGGGCUUAUAAUUACUCAGUGGCAAAACUGAUCAAUCACUACGCAGAGCACGUUGCCCAUCUCAUGCAACCUGUUGCACACCAGAAUAAUCCCUUUCGCUCCUUAUACCUCCCGCUAGCAAUUGAAGGGUCCUUUUAUCUGGAAGGCUAUCGAGAUUUGGGCGGCAACAUGUCGGCUAGAGCAGCAGUGUUCCACAGCCUGUUGACCACCGCUGCUUUUCAUGUACUGGGGCUAGGUUUACAAAACCGAGAUCUAGAGCGUCUAGCUUUCCAUCACAAACAACAAGCCCUCGUCGCUCUUCGGUGCGCUCUUUCCAAGAAAAGGAGUACAUACAAAGAGUUGAUGAUCGGCGUCUUGUCUCUAGUUUCUAUGGACAUCCUCGAUGGUGGUGUCCAUGAUCACUGGAUCCAUUUAGAGGCAGGAUUCCGCCUCCAGGCUUCCCGCCAUCACUCCCCCCUGAUCAGCCGGGAAACCGGCCAACUGAACGCAAUAUGCACGAUGCUUCGUCUUUUCGCUCAGACGGCGCAGCCCAGCAUGGAGCCCUUGCCCUGGAUCUCUAAAAACCCCUGCUUUGAAGCAAGGGCUUGUGAUUACUCGAAUCCGAGUAUCGAGUAUCUAUACGGAAUUACCUCCGCCAUUGCCCGGUCAAUUGACAAGAUAUACCUAGCUACCCAACACCUAUCAUACUACAAGAAUCAGUCAUACCCACCAGGCCUCAUGGAGGCCUGUGAAGCUUUGGGAGAUGAAUUAUGCUCCUGGACAAUGUGUUCCGAAAGCUUCUCGGCAGUAGGGUCAGAAGAAGAACAAGCCAUCCAAGUUGCACACGCGCAAGCAAAAGCCUUUCAUUACGCAUCACUCAUCUACUACUAUCGCUCAGUGCAGAACUGCGAUGCCAGUAGCCUUUGCGUGGAGCAAGAAGCCACAUUAGCCGCGAUGAACGAGGCUGAAGAUUUGAAAGCCUGCUUUUUUGACCGCACUUCUCGUCCAGCACCGAUAUCGUGGCCCGCGUACAUCGCCUCGUGUGAAGCCGUAGGUGAGAUGCGCCAGAAUUGGGACCAAUGGUGGAUUCGGGUGCAAGCCUAUAGAUUGAAAAGCUUUUCGAAACAGCAUGCUACCAUCCACCAGGUUUGGGCAAUUCUUGAUCGCAGUCCAACUUCGCUAGAUUGGAGGAAGGCACUUGAAGCAUUAAAUAUACGGAUAAUACCUGUUUGACAUGCCACACCCCUCCAGGUGUUUUAGCCCAUUUACGAGCAAUUUGAAGAGUAGUUGGAACGGGGUAUGUAGCCGCAGGACGUGCGCAUGUAGGUAGGCAAUACGUGUAUAUAUGUAUCUAUAUUCUUAUUUGAGCAAGUCACUGGAAUGUUCUUAGCAUUAAAGAACAGAAGUAUACGAGUGACAUUAACGUUCAUCAGAUGUUCUACUCUUAAAACAGAAAACUGCCUGAG